AUGCGGACGCUGCUGUUGACUUUGUUUUGCAUCGGCCUAGUGGCCGGUCAAUACGAGCAGCAACAGGUGCCCCAGCAAGUACCACAGCAGCAUCAACAGCAACAAGCUCCUCAACAAGUUGUCCAGCAGCAGCAGCUACCCCAACAAGUUGUGCAACAGCAAGUACCUCUGCAACAGCAGGUACCGCAGCAAGUGCUUCAGCAGCAAAAUGCUCAAGAACAGCAGCAACAAGUACCUCAACAAGUUGUUCAGCAGCAAGUACCCCAACAGAUAGUACAGCAGCAAGUACCACAACAGCAGCAAAUCCCUCAGCAAGUUGUACAGCAGCAAGUUCCUCAACAAGUUGUGCAGCAACAAGUGCCGCAACAGCAACAAAUACCACAGCAAGUUGUUCCCCAACAAAUCCCUCAACAACAGCAAAUACCGCAGCAAGUUGUGCAACAACAAGUACCCCAACCAGUUGUUCAGCAACAACAAAUUCCUCAGCAAGUACCUCAACAAGUUGUACCCCAGCAAGUACCUGCACAAGCUGUACCUCAGCAGGCUGCACCGCAACAAGUUUUACAGCAACAAGCAGCACAACAGCAUAUUCCUCAGCAACAAGUUCCACAACAGCAAAAUGUACCUCAACAACAAGUACCACAGCAACAAGUACCUCAGCAACAACAUGUGCCUCAACAGCCAAUACCUCAACAACAAUCAAAUGAUGAACAACAGAAAAUACUUCAGCAGCAUCAAGAGCAGCUAAGAUUACAGCAACAGCAUCAAGAGCAGCAACAAUUGCUUCUCCAGCAACAAGAGCAACAAAAAUUACUACAACAGCAAGAACAACAAAAAUUAUUACAGCAGCAGGAACAACAAAGGCUACUGCAGCAACAGCAACAAAAAGAGCAACAAAAACAAGCUGAACAGCAGCGUUUAACUCUUGAGCAACAACAGAUGCUGGAACAUCAUCAAAGGAUGGAAGAGCUCCAACGUCAACAACACGAGGAACUAGUUCGUCAACAACAGCAGCAGCAUGCUCCAAAUGUUCCACCACAACAUUAUCAACAACAACAUUUUGCACCACCACCACAACAUGAUUCUAAUCAACCGUCUCCUUGGUACGAAUCUUUACCCGCCGUAGCAAUGGAUUAUAAGGUGCACAUUGACCCUGGCAAAGAAGACUGUUACUUCCAAUAUGUUAAUCCUUCUGCCACGUUUUACGUCAGUUUUCAAGUACUGCGUGGUGGUGAUGGAAAAGCUGGAUUUGCAGUUCGUAGCCCUUCAGGGCAAAUAGUACAUCCGUAUCAAUGGCGAGCUAAUGCAGAUUAUCAGGAGCAGACUUCAGCAGGUGGAUACUACAGUGUAUGCGUUGAUAAUCAAUUUUCAAGGUUUGCUGGCAAGCUAGUCAAUCUGUAUAUUACUGUUAUCAGAUAUGAUCAAUGGGACAAAUUUUCUAAGGAAUUGGAAGCUAUGAAUCUUUCGGUAGAAAAUGUUACUACUACUCUAAUGGGUGUCGAAAGAAAUAUAAAUGAAGUUAUGCAAAUUCAGCAUUUCAGUAGAAGUCGAGAAGAUAGAGAUUACAAUCUUUUACUCGACAACAAUUCUUAUGUUCAAAAUUGGUCAUUAUUACAAGUGAUAGUGAUACUGUUUACUACGUUUGUUCAAGUUUACUUUGUACGACAAUUAUUUGAAGUUAAACCUGGGGGAUACGCCAAGAAUCGUAUCUAAAGUGUCUUAUUGUGCAGAAAGCAAGUA